GAUUUUGUUUGAUCCUUUGAUUUUUUCGCAGGUCAAAAUUAUCUUUAAAUUUAAAGUAUGUUAGACGAAGAAGAAGAGGAAAUUCCAGUUCCAAUCAACAAUGAUUUAGAACGAAGAAUCGCCGAUACUUUUGAAGUUUUUGACCACGCAGGUAACAAAACAGUUGAUUCACGCGAAAUUGCAACAAUCGUCCGUGCGUUGGGCUGUUGUCCAACAGAAGCAGAAGUGCAAGAAAUAUUAAUGGCCGUUGAAAUGCCAGAAGCUCCCGGAAGUGUCCACCUGUCAAACUUUUUGCCACAUAUUUGCGAGAUUAUUACCGAACAUAAAUAUCAGCCUGCCAGCCCUGCACAGCUGUUGGAAGCCUUCCAGAUCUUGGACUCUGACGGUAGGGGUUACUUAACAAAAGAGCACAUUUCUACAUUAAUGACGCAAGAUGGUGAACCGUUUACUCAAGAUGAACUUGACGAAAUGCUCGAAAUCGCUAUUGAUCCACACACUCAAACUGUCCCCUAUGAGUACUACAUUAAUCAAUUGAUGCUGGACUAAGACAAAGUUACUGCACGCCUACCUACUCCCCUCACUUCAUAAUUACAUCAAAUGUAGCACAACACAUGACUUAUCAACGAAUAAGUUAGAAGUAAAUUACAGCUGAGUAUUGUUAAGCAAGAAACCAUAAUAAAAAAAAUGUGUAAGAAGACGUUAGUGAAUCUUAAUCUCAACAAAACGGGUAUUUCCGGAAAGUAACCCAUUUCAUCAAAAUGCCACAUUCUUAAGAUUAUUAUAAUAAUAUUUGGUAAGGCCAUUUUGAUUCAUAUUUACAAAAAACAAAAUUGCGUUCUUUCACUUUUGCUGUCUAAAAUAAAUAUCUGUAUUUAAGCUUAGUCUCUAGAUAAGAGUGCAUCACCCCUGGGAUUCUAAAUACUCAUAGUGAUUGUUUGUCAUCACAUUAAUGUCACUAAAUUUAUGAUAAUAAAACGUUAAU